AUGUCCUUCAUAACCGAUACAGUCCGUCGUAUCGACGCCCAACUCGAUCGCCUACAACUCACCUCCUCCCCACCGACCUCCAUCCUCGAACAAGCUCUCGCGCUCAACAACCCUGAUGAGGGCUCCGAAGGACCUCCCAAGACUGUCCAACCGUCGCCGAGGUUACUAGAGCUACAAGCUGCUAUCCGCGCGCUGAGUCCUGGUGGACCGUCGGAGAAAGGUAGCUUAUUACGACUGGGCACGGUGCAGACAUGGUUGGGCACAUUGUCGGGCGUGAAGAGGAAAGUGCAAGAAGACCGGGUGGCGGACUUGGGUGUGAAGGAACAGGAGAAGAAAGACGAGUUCGAAGCGGAGUUGGAGUGGUUACUCGUCUCCAAAGCCACAACGCAGGUCUAUGGACACGUUCUACGCACAAUAUUGGACGAAGCUGUUUCACUGAGCGAGGAUUUGUGGUAUUGGGAUGAAGUGCUGUGGUCGCAGCGGUAUACGGCUCUCUAUGGCAUACAGACGUCGCCCGAGAGAAUGUGGGGCUGGGGGACGAUGGUGUGGGCGGAUGUCAAGACGAGGACGCACGAGCGGGGACUGAGUAUGAAAGGUGUGGGCGAGGAUGCGGGGGAGUCGUUCACGGCGCGGUGGAAAGUGUUUUAUGGGUUGGUCAGGCAGGUCGUGAGGGAGAAGAGUGUCAAGGAAGUGCACACAAGGAUUUUGUCGCCGGUUACGAGACUUCGGGCGGAGGUACGGCAGAAGCAGGCUGCGUUGAAGAAGAUGAGGGUUAGGAAUGCGAAUGCGUUGGGCGUGUUGUUGGGUGAGGGGUUGGCGAAUGAGAGUUCAAGAGGGGAGGGCUUGGGUACGCCGAGGACGAGUAGUGAGGAAGCAGGGGAGGCGAGGACGAAGUGGAAGACCAGUGUUGCGAGAAACGUUGCGUUGAUGGAGGCGGUGUUGGCGAAAAUCAAUGAUCUGGAGACGCCUGUGGAGAAGUUUGACUCGGCGAUCGCAGAGUACACGGAUGAGGAUCCACUGUAUACGGCGGAUGUGCGGUCGAGUAAUGGGGACGGACCGGCGAUGGAAGUGGAGGAUGUGGCGGCUAGGCUGUCGAGGGUGUUGGGUUUGGGAUUGGAACAAUAUGCCAUCUCGACUCACACGCUGAAGACCGAACAUGGAAAACCUUCACGACUGGUCCGAUACUGGCUGCCCAUCACGGCGGGUAUCCUCUCCUCCAGCACCAUCCUCCGCAUGCUCGUCAAUCGCCAAACCGAGAUCCUCCAAUGGAUUCAAGAUCUUGGAUCCACGAUCGUCGACUUCUGGCGCAACUGGGUUGUCGAACCGACCAAGAAAGUCAUCGGCACAAUUCGCCACGAUGAGUCCUCCGAAAUCAGCAUCAUGUCGAAGAGGAGUCUGACCGGAGACCGCGAAUCUCUCGAACGCAUGGUCGUGGACUUUGCAAUCGACAAUCCCGCCCAUACAACCGGAUCAUCCUCCGCCCUCACCGAGUCUCAGAUCGACGACCUACGCACCGCCGUUCGCGAGGGAGAUCUCACACCCGUGCUCAAGGCGUACGAAAAAGAUCUCACCUCCCCCGUCAUGGGCGCCCUGAAAGGAAACCUCGUCCGCGCUCUUCUCAUCCAAAUCCAAAAGACAAAAGUCGACGUCGAAGUCGCUAUGGGCGGCAUCGACUCCCUCCUCAAGUCGCAGGAACUCCUCAUCGGCUUCAUCUCCCUCACACCCGGCCUGCUCAUGGUCUACGGCGUCACACACUGGGUGCGCUCCUCGUUCAUCACCAAACGCGGCUCCCAUGCGGCGAGGAAGCAGGGCGUCAUGUUGCGCCAGCUGAGGAAUGUGGAUCGUAUAUUGACUGGAUCCACGCCGACGGAGUACGGCGAGUUGAUGUAUAAGGAUCAAGGACUAUUGCUCUGUGAGGUCAGCGUCUUGAGGGAGGCGGCGAGGAAGGUAAUGCCUGAGAGGAUUUGGAGGGAGUUUGGGACGGAGGUGCAGGAGCUUUGCGAUGUGAGGGUUGGGGUUGAGAGGCAGAUGAAGGUUGCGGAGAGGGUGAGGUGGGCGUAUGGGAGGUGGUUGAGUUGA